UCUAUUUCAUUAUCAAUAUGAGCUCGUCACUGAUUAAAUACUGAAAUUAAAUGUUUGAUGCCUAGAUAAAACUUAGAUAAUGAAGUAAUUGUAUAAUUUUAUUAUACUAACCGAUUUGUUAACCGCUUCAAACUUAUUCGUCCAACAACCAUUUUUCUAAGAUCCUUUCGAAAAGAUUCGUUUUUCGAAACCAGCUUCAGAUGACAUUAACAAGAUAUAGGUAUGUAUCUGUUUUACCACUAAAUAGGGUUCGAAUAAUCGGUGCCAUCAACAGCGCGAGAUUUGGAUUAAAUAUACUCCUAACUGCCAAUAAGUACUCAGCAUGUAGUUGAGUAAAGUUAUUUCUCGAUCGAAGACUCGCUCUAAGUUUGGCUCGUUUCGACUCUGUUUAAAUUUCUAACUCACCAUGUUUGCCUUCUAUAUAUCCAAUAUAUAUCUAAACUCACGCACUCUAAAUUAGAUAUAUUAUACAUUUUGAACCACCACGAAUUGCAACACACAUAAAUUAAAAAUUAUCGGGUCUGCAACGUAAAAUGUGCUAAAAAAAAUAGAUGCCAUAUCGGUACCAUUUUCCCGCCAUUUUUCCACAAUAUUGUCAGAGAAACCGUAUAUUAAUUCAUUCAUUAACGUGAAAGGUAUAAAAGAAAAUUGCUCAAUUCACGAGCCAAAAUUAAUUAUACCAAAAUAAAUGUCAAGGCAUUGACACCGUAAUAAUGUUACCUAGAAUAAAAGAAAGAAAAAAAAAAAACUCCUACGAAUGUGAAUGCACUCAGUGCGGGAAAAAAAUUGCAGAAUCAGAUUUUUAUGUGAACCGGAUGAACCUUCGCUACGAACUCAUAUUCACGUCGUAGUUAACAACACGGCAAAAUAAAUUGAAAGCAAAAAGUUUUACAACAAAAAUUAUGCAUACUUCUUGGGUUUUUGCUAACCCUAGCAAAAGAAAUAUAACAUAUUCCAAAAAAAAAAAUUAUCGAGUUCCAGAACAGUUAAAGGGGAGCCAAUAUUUAGCAUUUUUUGGGUAUAUAAGACCCAUCGCUAGCCGUUUGCUAUUAUCAGUUCACUGCGGUAGCUUCACGGUUCAAGUUAUUACAAGCACCCAACCAACGCAACUCAAAACAUUCACAAUGAAAUCUUUCGUUUGCAUUGCUCUCUUCGCCGCCAUCUUCAGCGUUGCAUUGGCUAGUCCCACUGGUAGUGCUGCAUCCGGUGUUCAGGAAGCUGAAGCCGAACAAAACAUACAAGGUGCCUACGAUUUGAGCCGUUUCCGUAAAGCUGCUUAUGGUGGUGGCGCCGCUAGCAUUCUAGCACCUCCUUGCCCAAAGAACUAUCUCUUCAGCUGUCAACCUAAUUUAGCGCCAGUCGCUUGUGCCGCUCCAGCUGCUGCUCCAUCAUACGGCUCUGCCGGCUCCUACUCAGCGCCCAUUCCAACUUAUGUGGCUCCCAUUCCAGCUGGCUACGCUGGUGUGGGUUACAACCCAAAUCAAUACUAUCACUAUUGAAGAUCAAACGAUGUGAAUCUUGAAUUGGCCAUGGACUAGCGUUAAAUUGCGAAUUGGAGGAAGUACAAGUCGAAUUAGUCAUUAAGUUGUAUCUAUAAGUCAUUUUAGGCGAAAAAAAA